GGUCUGACCCACGGUUGCACAUAAAUUCAACCUGUAGUUAUUCAGACUGAACUGUUUUUACCUUCACCUGGUCGUUUCAACUUCCUGUCUGCGUGAUUCUGUGGGUGCGGGAAGCACAUCGGCGCCCACGUUUGGACGUACCUUAUUCUUCUAGUCUCAGAUUGAGUUCGCUGUAGUCAUGCAGGCACACGAGCUGUUGAAGCAGAUGCGAAUCCCUGAGCUGUCUGAGGUGAGGGACUAUUUCCGCGGCCUCUCUACAAACACCCUCCUCGGCAUGGGCGCGUUCACCGCCGUCACGGCAUACUGGUUUGCCACUAGACCCAAAGCCCUCAAAGCACCCUGUGACCUGCGCAUGCAGUCAGUAGAGCUGCCGGGUGGAGAAUUCGCUCGUCGAGGAGCGGCUUUAAAUGGAGGCCCGCUCUUGAGCCAUUUUUACGAGGACGCCAAGACCAUAUACGAGUGGUUUCCCAGGGGUCUGAGGGAGUCAAAAAACGGUCCCUGUCUGGGAUCAAGAAAACCAAAGCAGCCGUAUGAAUGGCUUUCGUACUCAGAGGUGAUUGAGCGAGCAGAGAAUUUGGGAUCAGCAUUUUUGCACAAAGGACACUCGAAGGACGGUGACCCUUAUAUCGGCAUCUUCUCUCAGAACAGACCAGAGUGGACGAUUUCAGAGCUGGCCUGCUACACAUACUCUCUGAUAUCAGUUCCUCUGUAUGACACCUUGGGCACAGAAGCGAUGAGCUACAUCCUCGACAAAACCUGCAUCUCUACAGUUGUAUGUGACGUACCUGAGAAGGCCAAGCUGCUGUUGGACUGUGUUUCGGGCCGGCAGCAUUCAGUCAAAAACCUGAUCCUCAUAGAAAACUUUGACGCUGAUUUGGUUACCAGAGCACAGCAUUACGGCAUUGACAUCAUCAGUCUGAGAGACGCAGAGAUCUACGGACAGGCCACCAGUACCCUGAAGAGACGCAUCCUGGAGUUUGCCUUCAGGAGGAAAGAGAACGAGAUGAAGAGCGGGAUCAUGAGGAGAGACAGUGUGUGGGAUAAGAUCAUCUUCAAGAAAGUCCAGGCCAGUAUUGGAGGACAAGUUCGAAUGAUGUUGACCGGAGCGGCUCCCAUUUCCGCUUCUGUUCUUACCUUCCUGCGAGCUGCAUUGGGCUGCCAUUUUUAUGAAGGAUACGGUCAGACCGAAUGCACUGCUGGCAGCACAACUACACUACCAGGAGACUGGACUGCAGGUCAUGUUGGAGCUCCUCUGCCCUGUAAUGACAUCAAACUAGUGGACGUGACAGAGAUGAACUAUUACGCCGCUAAAGGCGAGGGAGAGGUGUGUGUGAGGGGUCCUAAUGUUUUUAAGGGGUAUCUGAAAGAGCCUGAGAAGACGAAGGAGGCUCUUGAUGAAAAUGGUUGGGUUCACACAGGAGACAUUGGCAGGUGGCUGCCGAAUGGCACUCUAAAAAUUGUGGACCGUAAGAAGCACAUUUUUAAGCUGGCUCAGGGUGAAUACAUCGCUCCAGAGAAGAUUGAGAACAUUUACAUCAGGAGUGAAGCUGUGGCGCAGGCUUUCGUACACGGAGACAGUCUGCAGGCCUGUCUGGUAGCCAUCAUUGUGCCUGAUCCAGACUUUCUGCCCGGCUGGGCCAAGAAGAGAGGCUUAGCGGGCUCAUAUGAAGAACUGUGCAAAAAUAAGGAGGUGAAGAAAGCCAUUCUGGAGGAUAUUGUCAAAUUGGGUAAAGAAAGUGGCCUGAAGUCUUUUGAACAGGUGAAGGACAUUGCUCUUCACACCGAGAUGUUUUCCAUUCAAAACGGCCUCCUGACGCCCACCCUGAAAGCCAAACGCACUGAUCUCAGGAGCUGCUUCAGGAAACAGAUCGAUGAGCUUUACUCCAACAUCAAAAUGUAAAGCAGAGGAAGUCUCUCAGAUAUUUCAGAGUAACAGAGCUGAUCUAGGUCCCAUUCCUGAAUAGAGCUGGUUCAAAACAAGAGGCCUGAGACAGCUUGUUUUAUGUGCAUUUCAGAAUAAGAUUAUAUACCCUAGAUCAGCUGUGUUACUCAACUUCAUCAUUCAACUUCAGCUUUAAAGAUCCUGCCUCAGGAAAACUUCCCUACAUUUUGACGUCACCGUCAUUUUUGCCUUUGACUAUUUUAAGAGAAAGGGAAGAGAAAUCCAAGAGCAAAAACAACCUAAUACUGUUAUUGAGGACAAAAUAAUAUUCCUCUUUUAUUUAAGUGCAAUUUUUUUCUAAUGAGAUGAUGUAGAUAAGACAAACAUGCCAUUCUGCUUAAAUUUGCUGAAGAUGUACUCAUCCUCACUCCAAGAUGUAGAUGAGUUUGAACAGAUUUGGAGAAAUGUAGCGCUACAUCAUUUGCUCACCAAUGGAUCCUCUGCAGUGAAUGGGUGCCGUCAGAAUGAGAGACCAAACAGCUGAUAAAAACAUCACAAUAAUCCACAAGUAAUCCACGUGACUCCAGUCCAUCAAUUAAUGUCUUGUGAAGAGAAAAGCUGCAUGUUUGUGAGAUACAAAUCCAUCUUUUUAUCUUCAAGCCAUUGCUUCCAGUUAAAAUAUGGUAAGAGUCCUCUAUCCAUAUUGCUUUCUCCAGUGAAAGUCAUCUUCUCUGAAUCAGGAGAGGAAUAUGCACAGAUCAAGCACAAGUGAAAACGGUCCAAAACCAUUUUAAACAAAUAUGUCGGUGAAUUCUGAUGUGAGAGGACAACGGCGGAUGUACUUUUUCAUUGGAGGAAGUGUUACUAUGGACUUUUGGUAUUUGGCCGGGAGGUGACAGUUUGAAGUUAGAACAUCUUGAUGGAUUUGUUUCUUACGAACAUGCAGCUUUUCGCUUCACAAGACAUUAAUUGAUGGACAAGAGUGGUGUGGAUUAUCGUGAUGUUUUUAUCAGCUGUUUGGACUCUCAUUCUGACGGCACCCAUUCACUGCAGAGGAUCCAUUGGUGAACAAGUGAUAUAAUGCUACAUUUCUCCAAAUCUGUUUUUAUGAAACAAACUUAUCUACGUCCGAGUAGCCUACAUUUUCAGCAAACUAUUCCUUUAAUUCAACAAACCUUCAUUUUUAAAUUUUAAGCCUUUCUAUAAAAUGUUUUUAAACUACUGCUUCAGCUGCAGUAUCUACAUUGUGUAUGUGUGUGUUUGGGAACUAUUAUGUACAAUCUCAGGGAAAAAUGUGCCUUUUUAAUGGACACCAGCUGCAUUGAGUGUUGUUGAUGAGAGAGGAAAACGCACGCAUGCAAAAAAAAAAUAUAUAAAAGCCAAUGAUUUUGUACUAUACCUCACAAUCAACAUGAAGGUCAAAGCACACACUCCACACUAGAUGGAGAGUGGGAAAUAUUUCAUGAUUUUGUCUUCCAGUAGAUAUUUGAAUGUUCUGAAAGCCUUUUUCUGGACUCUAUGUUAACAGGACAUAAAAAAGGGAAGUUUUGUCUUUUAAGAAAACGACAACGACAAAUGUUUUUGGUCCUUUUAUUCAAGAAACACUAGCAAAUCAGGUUUUUGUUUAGCUAAAUUAUCAAUGUAAUUAUGUAUAUUUGUAUAGAACUUAUUCUAAAGCAGCUUUACAAAGAAUAGUGCCUUACAAAAUGAUUGCAAAUGGUUCAUAAAUUUGUUUUUGAUGAAUGAUUUACUCAAAUUAGUUUUGCUUGUGUUUCAUGAAUAAGGUCUGCUGAGUUUUUUUAAACGUGAUUACAAUAUGUAUCUAUAUAAGCCAUAUGCUGUCUAUAUGAUGCUUUCCUCAUCUGUAAUGUUGCAUUUAAGACAGCUUACAUUCUCAUCUAAUUUUGUUGGCUGUUUAUGUGAAGGUUUUGAAUGGCAGAUGUUUUUCAGGUGUAAUAUUAUAGACGUGACAUGUUUCAUAUCAUUAUGCUGUAACAGCAUUGCAGAAUACAGGAGCUUUCCACAUGUGUCCUUAUGUUAAAUUGAUGGUUGCUGCUUCGUGUUCAUUGUAAUUAUGUGUUUAUCAUGCACGGGUUGUUUUUAUUGUUUGUUUUAUUCAAGCUUUAUCUUGUGUGUGAAAUGACCUGUAGAUAGGCCAAAAACAACUGUCAUGUGUGUGAAAAACUAAAGUGCACUCUUAAAAUGACUCGCUUGUACUAAAAUAUAUUAUAGUAACAAUAAUGAAAAAUGUAAAUGUAUGUACAUGAUUAAAAUUAAAUAUGAUUUAUGGAUGAUGAA